CAUUUACCAACCGCGCUACUUUUACUUUUGGCAGAGGGACGGCAACGUUCGCAAAUCGCUGGCGAUCGAGCUCAUCCAUCAAAGGGCCUCGUGCGUGGCUCCAAUAGACGGACCCACUGCUGACUAGCGCACCAAUCUUCCAGUUCAACCAACACCAUCUAUCUCCCUUCUUCGGCAAGUGCGAUAGACUCGCGCCAACGCUAAUCUCGGAACCUGAGCUGCAGGUUCCGCCGCGAAAAAGACUGCAAAGUGCAUCCUAGUGUGGGUAGCGCAGCGCGGCGCAGCCUGGAAUCGGCUGGCCAGGAUGGAUGCGCUGGAAGCCUUGCGUGCCGCGGUCGCGCCGACAGGCGACCUGACCAACGUGAAGUUGCUCUCCUCGUCCAACGAGCCUGUGUGCAGCGUCUCUGAAGCAGCGUCUGUACAGAUCGCGGCGCCGGCCGCUCCUUCUCCGCUCUUCUUCCCGAAAGACACUGUCACACGGAUAGCGACGAACAAGGCCACCCUCGCUGCGCCGUCAGACGUGACAGGCCAGACACCAACCCCGAGCGCAGAUCCAUCGUCCUUCCUCCCGCUCGAUGCACUUAUCUUUGCCAUCCAAACCAAAGAUGAGCCAUCUGCGAGCUAUGUCAGGCUCUGCACUGCUAGCGGUGCCGCAAGAUUGGCCCUAGUGGAGCGACCGCCGAUUCUCGAAUUUCUGCUUGGGAAGCGGGACGCCUGGGAAGGGGCUGUAAGCCUGGCAGUGGUGCAGGCUCAGGCGGCAGUCAAGGUGCCCACCGCGACAGCCGUACCGACAGCAGCCACAGCGGUAGCAGGGUCCACAACGCCGCCAGGCUCUCCUCCACCGGAGCACAAGCGCAAAUAUACUGGCAUAGCAGGAGCGGGAACUGCGCAUCCGAGUACCAAGCGUGUGUACGUUCCGAACAAGGCAGAUGCCGAGUUCGUUAAGCGCCUUCGCAGAGACACCGAAGUGAUCCUACGGACGCGCAACGAUUCCAUGCGUGGGACCAAGCCGUGGGCGCAUACGGUUGACUUCUCGUCUUUCCGCGAGAAAAUCAAGUCUCGUCUCGAGAUCAUGAAGCGGAUCGUCACUAAUGGUUCCUCGUCAUCUCGCGCGCCGCUCGUCUCCGGCGUCAAAGGCGCGACUUCUUCCGGCGUAGGGCCAAUGGGAAGCGGAUUGGUUCGCAAGCAAAGGGCGCAGCAUCCGAUCAUUAUGCUCAGCAACAGUCCAACAGCGAUGAUCAACAUGUUCAACGUCAAGGCAUUCCUCGAGCAAGGCAUCUUUAUCGCUCCGGACCAGGCGCGCAAGGAUGCUGGUGGAAUUGCAGAACCGAUCGUUACGAUCGACCAUCGACUAGGGUCGCAUGCUCCCUCCAGCGGCGGCGGUGACGCAUCAGGCGCAUCGCGGGGCAGUUGCAAGCAGAUCCGUUUCCUCGUCGUCGACAGCCAAGAUGGCAUUCAGAAGCUCAGCGGCUCAUUCGAUGCGAACGCCGCAUGGAACCGCGUGAUCGUCGUUUUCACCACCGGUCAGACGUGGCAGUUCAACAAGUAUAAGCACACCGAACCGACGGACCUGUUCAAGAACGUACUCGGUAUGUACGUGCGCUUCAACAACGACCAGCCUAAUGAGAACGUUAAGAACUGGAACGUCAAGGAGCUCCUCAUUGGCAGGACGCAGAGGCACACCGACAGGCAGAUUGUCGCGUUCUUUUGGAGGAGCGUGGAGACUUGGAUGCACCAACGUAAGCCUCAUCUGCUCGCAUAAAGCGGUCCAGCCAAGGCCACCAGCGGGUUGGUGGGACGCGGGCAAGGCGUGCGAUGACCUUGAGAGAGGGGAUGAGGAAGCAGAACAGCAAGCAUUUGUACUUUUAGAGCAAGACAUCGCCGAAACCGUGAUAUAAAC